ACAGCGAGCAGUGCUCUCUCUCUCUCUCUCUCUCUCUCUCUCUCGCACAAAUCUAUUCUAAAUCUUCGAUCUCCACGUUUACUGCGACAAUGGAUAUUGGCUUGCCCGUGACGAGUUCCUGCUCUCGAGAGCACCAGAAGAUCUACCAGGAAUGGUUCGCCUUGGCGGAUUCAGACGGAGACGGACGCAUCACGGGGAAUGAUGCUAUCAGGUUCUUUGGAAUGUCCAAGCUUACACGCCCGGAGCUCAAACAGGUUUGGGCAAUAUCGGACUCUAAGCGGCAGGGCUUUCUGGGUUUCAAUGAGUUUAUUAUUGCAAUGCAGCUCAUUACCUUGGGACAGGCUGGAAAUGAGAUUACAGCUGAUAUCCUUAACAACAUAGAUAUACAAAGUUUAAAACCUCCACAAAUGGAUGGUUUGGACGUAUUACUUGCUAAAAACAGGCCAUCACCUAAGAAAAAUGCCCUUGAUUUAGAUGUUGCACCUCCAGCCCAAGUAUUGUCAUCAGUUCAGUGGUUCAACUCAAAAUCAACAAAGAAGAUUCCGUUAAGUUCCGUCACUUCUAUUAUUGAUGGUUUGAAGAGAUUGUAUAUGGACAAAUUAAAGCCAUUGGAGGCUACCUAUCACUUCAAUGAAUUUGUUUCUCCUUCACUGACAAACAGUGACUUUGAUGCGAAGCCCAUGGUUAUGCUCUUAGGUCAAUAUUCAACUGGAAAGACCACAUUUAUUAAGCAUCUACUGAGAACUAGUUACCCGGGUGCUCACAUUGGACCUGAGCCUACAACUGAUAGAUUUGUUGUCGUUAUGUCUGGGCCUGAUGAGAGAAGUAUUCCUGGAAAUACCAUAGCUGUUCAAGCAGACAUGCCUUUCAGUGGUCUCACAGCAUUCGGAACUGCAUUUUUAUCAAAAUUUCAGUGCUCACAAAUGCCACAUCCACUCCUGGAGCAAAUCACCUUUGUGGAUACUCCUGGUGUUCUUUCUGGAGAGAAACAGCGAACCCAACGGAGCUAUGAUUUCACAGGUGUUACCUCCUGGUUUGCAGCAAAGUGUGAUCUUAUUCUUCUUCUAUUUGAUCCUCAUAAACUUGAUAUUAGCGAUGAGUUCAAGCGUGUUAUAAGCUCUUUGCGUGGACACGAUGAUAAAAUACGAGUGGUUCUUAACAAGGCAGAUCAAAUUGAUACCCAACAGCUUAUGAGAGUUUAUGGGGCAUUAAUGUGGUCACUCGGCAAAGUCUUGAACACCCCUGAAGUCAUGCGCGUUUAUAUAGGGUCAUUCAAUGAUAAACCAGUGAAUGAAGCAGCGGUUGGCCCUAUUGGAAAGGAUCUAUUUGAGAGAGAACAGGAGGAUCUUCUUUCUGAUUUAAAAGAUGUUCCCAAGAAAGCUUGUGACCGCAAGAUCAAUGAAUUUGUUAAGCGUGCAAGGGCAGCCAAGAUUCAUGCUUAUAUAAUCAGCCAUCUCAAAAAGGAGAUGCCUUCAAUGAUGGGUAAGGCUAAAGCUCAACAACGGCUUAGUGACAACCUGGAGGAUGAGUUUAUAAAGGUUCAAAGGGAGCACCAUCUUCCAGCUGGAGAUUUCCCAAGCGUAGAUCAUUACAGAGAAAUGCUCAGUGGUUACAACAUUGACAAGUUUGAAAAGCUAAAGCCUAAGAUGAUUCAAGUUGUAGAUGAUAUGCUAGGAUACGACAUCCCAGAACUACUGAGGAAUUUCAGAAACCCCUAUGAGUAAUAUCAGUUUUGUUCUCUAUGUUCUACUACUUGGAUUAAGACAUGGCUGUAUCCACUUCUCUUGGAUUUGGUCUGUACAACUUCGUCCUCCUAUGGAUCGGCUCUAUGCAUUCAGGAGGUUUGUAGAGAGAGAAUGGGUAGAAGGGGAGUAAUGGGGGGAUUGAGAGUUCUGUUAUAUAUAUAUAUACUCAAUAUUGGUAUUAAUUCAUCAAGCAGUUUCUUUAUUA